UCUAGCUCUGUGCCCAAGCCUCCAUGUUUUUGGCUUGCUUAAUCUGUGUUUUGACUUCAAGGUUCAAAGUCAAACACGGCUGCACGAGCAAACAAACAUUUUUCCCCAUUAAAAAAGAGUGCUAAAUUGCAUUACGUCUCCAACAUCACUUUUUUUACAAAAUUUUCCCCUGCACUGCAUAUUUCCUUAAGAGGCCACUUGGUGACAGAUAUACAAGAGUCUAAGACAGUCCUUCCUCUCUCUCUCUUGAGGACAGAUCUCUCCUGUCUGUUGCUGUUGUAUCUCGAAAAACACCCCUUCUCUCUCUCUCUCUCACUGUAUCUGAACAAACGAAAUUUUGAUUGAAUUUAACUCGUAAUAAGAUGUCAUGCGGCCGUCGGUUAACCGCCGGGUGUACGACGCAAAACGGCGUGGCUCAACUCCCUCAGGUACAGAGGACGGACGGGAUUGAGUACCGGAUUUCAUGGCUCACACUUAAUCGCAAUGUCAAAAGUCCACAGGCGGGGAUCGUCUUGCGAUCUCCGAGACUGUACAUUGUGGAGGCGGUGAGGCACGGCGGAGCAUGUGAGGGAUCGGAAGGGAGAGGCGAAGACGGCAAAGAGAAGUUUGGACCUCCAUGUAGAUACUCAGUCGGGGAUCGCGCGGUGGGAGACCAGAGAGGCGAUCCGGAGGAAGUGACUAAUGUAAAGAUUGAUCGGAAGGUUGAGGUGGUGGUUGCAGCCGCGGUGACGGUAGUAUUCGGAGUAGGAAAUCGUGUGCUGUAUAAGCUUGCCUUGGUCCCUCUGAAGCGUUACCCUUUCUUCCUCGCCCAGCUCGCCACUUUCGGAUACAUAAUUGUGUUCUUCUCAAUUUUGCGUCUGAGACACCAGGCUGGUAUUGUGACUGAUGAGAUGCUGUCUAUGCCAAAAACUCCAUUUCUUGCUGUUGGCUUAUUGGAGGCUCUUGGAGCUGCAACUGGGAUGGCAGCUGGAGCGGUUCUUUCUGGUGCAUCUAUACCUAUUUUGUCUCAGAGCUUUCUUGUGUGGCAAAUCAUUCUGUCAAUUGUCUUUCUGCACAGGAGAUAUAAAAUCAAUCAAUUACUUGGAUGCUUUCUUGUGGCCAUCGGUGUAGUUGUAACUGUAGUGAGUGGUUCUGGUGCCGGUCAUUCAUUAACGGAAGCUGGUAUAUUUUGGAGUCUUCUAAUGAUAGUUUCUUUUAUGUUCCAAGCUGCUGAUACGGUCCUGAAGGAAACUAUAUUCCUGAAUGCUGGUCGCCGAUUGAAGGGUGGUUCAGUAGAUUUAUUUGUGGUGAAUUCCUAUGGAUCUGCUUUCCAAGUAGGUGGCGACCUGCAUACCUUGAUGGCACUGUUUGUAUGCCUCUUAUUACCUUUUAUGUCGAAGUUAUGGGGUAUUCCGUUUAGUCAAUUGCCAACCUAUCUUAAAGAUGGCGCAGCUUGCUUUCUGAACAUUGGUACCUUAACAAGUGGAUGUGAUGGUGCACCAAUGCUACCUUUGUUGUUUGUUAUUGUCAACAUGGCUUUUAACAUAUCCUUGCUGCAUCUCCUCAAGAUCUCUUCUGCUGUAGUUUCUUCCCUUGCAUCCACCAUUUCAGUGCCAAUAUCAGUGUUUGCAUUCACGCUGCCUCUACCAUAUCUUGGAGUUGCAUCCUCCCUUCCUUCAGGUUUUAUUACAGGAGCUAUCAUCCUUGUUUUGGGUUUGCUCAUAUAUACUUGGACGCCUAACGGAGGUCCUCCAACCAAUGUUUCCCUAGCAUCGCCAAGCUGAGAAUAUAAUCAUCAGUUGCCAUUUUCAAGCGCAGUCGAUGAUGAAGGCGACUCUUCUUUUAUGCGAGUAGUCAUGAACAAGAAUGUUGUAACAGUGAUUGAUUUUGCAGCUGUUGUUCCAUGUUGUAAUUGUAGACUGUAUUUCUAGUGUUCAAGCAGAGAGAAACCAAGGCAUAAUUUUUCUGCCAUUGAAGGCUCAGGUCAUAAUGUGGAGUGACCUGUGUACAAACAGAAUGCACCUGAAUUUGUUCCUCGGAAAAAAUAAAAAGGGGAGGAGUAAUAAAAGUCACGGUGCUUUGAUUUUUGAGAGCAAUUGUAGGCUGAUAGACUAUAAUCAUUAAAUUCAAGAGUUAUCAUGUACAUUCUCUUUUUUUC